AUGGGGAGGCGGAAAAAGAAGCAUACAGCUUUUGUGGUUGGCGAGUCGCAGGAGUUCCCUGCAAUGGCAGAGCAGGGGUUCGAAACCGCCUAUGUGCAAAUAGGCGGCGUGCGGAUCACCAAUCACGGCCUCAGCCGGUCCCACGGCGCUCGCGGCAAGUCGCCGCAUCAGAAACCGUGGCGGUCUCUGUCCCAACAUCAACCGCGGCUGCGGGCCCCCCGGCGCGCUGAUGCAGACAGCGACGGUGACGACGACGGUGAUGGCGGCGACGGCUGCAGCAGCGACGUGCUGGAAGAGGAUUUGCAGGACUACCUGGAAAAUGUACUGGGCGCCGCCGAUAUCGGCAGUAGCAAGCGGAGCGGCGCCGGUCGGCACCCCCCCUGGAGUUUGGGCUUUCCCGUCGGUGGUCCGAGAGACUUUGAGGAAUCCUCCGCAGCGGAGUUCCGAGUGCCGGUGGGUUUAGGCCGACGGCGAGCUCUUGCUGGGAUACAUGCAGGCGGCAGUGAUGGUGAUGACGGCGACGAGGAUGGUGGCGCGGAGGAGGAGGAGGAGGGGGAAGGGGAGGGGGACAAAGUG